AUGGAUGGUAUUUGCACCGAUUACAAGAAAGCGGUCGGCCUGAUAGUGGAGAAAUUCCAAGAACGAAAUGCCAGAAAACUUGAAGAAAUCCCAAAGAUAGCCGAACGGUAUAUUACACAGUGGGAAUUCUUUGUAGAAGCCCGCAGGGAAAAAGUGUGGCAGAACAUGGUCGCCAAGCUCUUAUUCAAUUUCACCAAACCAGAAUUGGCCACACUUCCGUCUCUCCAACUAUUGCACAUUUGCAAUGAUCUUUUAUCAACUCAAACCAUCCCAAUGUCAUUCAGAAAUACCGUUAUGUCAAUAAUAGGACGGGGCACAGAGAAUGUAAUGUUCGAGCAAUUAAUUAAUGAAAUUUUACCGAGUCUUGAAUCAAACGAAGUCAUAUUUGCACGAAUGUCAUUUAUCAAUCGCUGCCUCAACAUAAUACCUUACACAUCACCCAUUCGACAGCGUCUUUAUACGUCGAUUUUCCAACACACUCCCAGUGAAUUUGCGAGUCCUAUAAUACAACGUGUUUUUCUUGACGAAGACGCUAGGUGCAAAAACGCGUUCCUCAAUUUAAUCGGCAUUCCUCAUAACGUUUUGAGUGUUGCCCGAGAUUUGGAAAUUGUCAAUAGUCUGUUAAAAGCAAACGAUUUAAACUCACCAAUAGCCGUGUUGUGUUGUGACAUCAUCCAAAAAACAUUCUUUCGUUGUGAGCUGGAUGAGCUACAUAAUUAUUUUCCAUACGCCGUCGAAGCGUUGAGAUUACUUCAUCAUCAUACAAGUGUGGUAGAGCCACUACAGUGCAUAUCAGCCAUUGCCUUUUUGAAAGAGUACAUCCGGACUUUCUUUGAUGCCAAUAAAAACAUUAUAGAUGAUAUUUCGCAGCGCAUUGGUACUCACAUGGAGCAAAUCGUAAAUGAUAUCAACAUGUACAUGGAAUUCGAAUGGCCGCUAAUCCAUUCGUUCAAAAUUUACUUUCUCAAGUAUCUGCGACACUGCGGUCUUUCAAUGGACGAUGUUAGGGAACUGUGUAAGGCACAAAAUCAAACUUUUUCAUGGCUUGGCACAUUACAAUGGGAAAAUAGCGAGAGCCGACUUUCUUUCAACCCGUAUUGUUUACAUCGGAGCAAUCUUAAUGCCAUCACUGAUAAUUUCAUAUCAUUCCUAAUUAAUAUACGAGAUGUGCCUAAUUGGAUGAAUACCUUAGAAAUGAACGAUCGAAUUUCAUUUGCAGGAAUGGUUGCGACUCACCUGCAUGUCAUAAGAGCUUCGCGCGAGUGGACGGAAUAUGAAGUGAGUUUGGUAGAAUUUUUAGGCGAAAAGGUAGAAGCCAUGGAUAAUUUAAGGGGCUAUAAAGAAAUGCUUAAAAAAUUGCUCCUAAACGAGAAUUUAUUAAUUCAACUUUCUGCCGAUACCCCUAACACUCAACUAUUCAUUACCUCGGUUAUUGUACACAUCAUGAUGCUGCAUGCUUCUAUCUCAGAAGAUGCCAAUCCACUUGCGGCUUAUUUUCAUAAGUUACAAGACUUUAACAAAAGUUCCAUAUUGACAUGUCCUUCAGACAUGGAAGGUGUUGUUUUGAAUGCGAUCGCCAGUGAUAGAACUCAAGAAGGAGCGAAAGAUGGGGUUACCAGUAAUGGGAAAUGCGCGAAUUGCAAAGAGCCUAUUGGUAGUGGUUCAACCGGAAGCGUUCGUUUGGACCAAGCAAAAAUCACGUCAGUGGAAAUCAAACACCUACCCGGAUAUAUUAUUGAACAAACCAACAAACCACAACAGAGUGGAGACAAAAUUAAUAUAGGGGACAUAGUUCAAUAUUGCCUUGGUCAUAUUCGCAAUGACUGGGAAGUGCUUGGAAAACAAAUAAUUAAUUGUUCGGAUGAACGAUUAUCCUUGAUUUUGCAUGCUAUCCUUCUCGAGAUGUACAAGGGUAUUAUGUCGAAUGAAUGUCGUCGAAACUCUUUAAACACUCCAGAGGGUAGAGAGAUGUGGGAAGAUGAAUUUACUAAAAAAUACGUUAAUCCCAAGGUCGAUAACGUUACAUUCACGGCUCAGGAUAUCAGCAUGCAAGCUCACACAGCGGAAAUAUCGCAAGGUAGAGGAGUGGGUAUUGUCGAAGCAGAGAUCGAUGACUUGAAUUCUGAAACCAGCGAAGAAUAUCGUAUUAGAUACCUGCCUAGGCUCUGGAGGAAAAUCGGUGAUGUAAGCCUUGAGAGCUUGCAUUCCUAUUACAUAAGCAAUACGGUUAACAAUACGAGAUUUCCAUUCCUUGAUGUUUUCUUCAAAUAUGAAAAUAAUUUGCACCUCAUAAAGAACCUUUUACCAAUUUUGAAGUUUGCUCAAAUUCUAAAAACACGUUUGGAGCAUCAAAUUACUAGACAGCAGGCACGUGAAUUAACAUUCCGCGAAUUUAUAGACAGAGAGUCAAAUAAUGGAGACUUUCAAGAAAUAUCGGAAAUGUUGCAUUCUGCUUUUGAAAACUUUGAAAAAUCGUGGAAUACAAUGAAAGAAUACGUCAAAGGGUACAAGUGUCGGCGAUUUAAUGCAUUUCCCAGCAUAUCUCUCGACUCGUCUGUCGUCUAUGGUUUGGUGGAGGAAAGAGACGAUAUAAUGACCGCAACUCCUGUGAACGGAAUCGACAAUAAUGGUGCCAGUCAAUACUAUCUUUCUACAAUGCAUCUUGAGCACAUGCGGCCCGAAAACUUCAUUGACUAUGCAUGGAACGACCAAAUACUCCGAUAUAGCCAACGGAAUCUGGAUAUUCGUUAUGGCGAACACAUCAUAUAUUAUUUGCUAAAUAUAGAAAUCGAGCUCGCGCGUCAGUUAGUUUUUAACAAAGUAGAAGACAGAAUUGAGUACAAAUUUCUCGAUAUCGACGCAAAGUACAAGGAGCAAUUAUCACGAAACAUGAAAAAACAAAUAACCAAAAUCAUUAAACUAGGAGAGCGCGUCAUCAAGAGAAGUAUCUCUUCUUAUGAAUUUUUGGUGGCCUUGAGACGUUUUCUGGUUCGUUAUCUCUCCGCAGAGUAUAUAGAACACAUAUCAGAGAAUCAAGAACUAUCCGCCUAUAUCACUAAUGAAGAUUUGGGUUGUUGGCCUUCAAAAAUUUCGCUAGAAAUAGCAAGAGAUUUAAUUCCAGUUUCGUUAAAAGUUCGCCACACAUUGGCAGUUUACGAAUACAAAAUAAUGAGAGUGGGAAUCAUAACGAUCUGGAUUUAG